AUGAACCCUUUCUUCAACAAUCCUUUAUUUCUUGAUAAUCACGGCCCAACACCCCCAAAUUUCCAAUCGGAUUCGAGUUCAUCCGACGAGACGGAUCGUUAUAUUAAUCUAUUCACAAUGGCGCAUUAUGCGAUUCAACAAGAUGUCCGCGAUACUGCCUCCUCUUCAAGAACGUAUACAAGACGGGACGGUCGUGAGUGUUUUUUUAAGAGAAAGAUCGACGCGCGUGGUAGAUGGGGGUUUUCGGCUUUACAGAAAUGCACAUCUGCAGUUCGCCAGUUAGGCUAUGGUAGUAAUCCCGACAGUUUAGAUGAUUACCUAAAUAUGUCGGAAAGAUCGUCACGUGAAACCCUUAAUGCUUUUUGUGAUGGAGUCAUUAAGUUAUAUCGGCAUGAAUACUUGCGUAGGCCAACGCGUACUAAUACGCAAUGCAUUCUUGAUCAUCAUGCGUCUUACCAUGGUUUCCCCGGCAUGUUAGGGAGUCUUGAUUGUACACACUGGGCUUGGGAUAAUUGUCCAGUAGCUUGGCGUGGUCAGUACACGCGAGGUGACCAUCAUGGGCCGACGAUAUCGCUUGAAGCAGUCGCUUCACAGGAUUGUUGGAUUUGGCACGCAUACUUUGGUGUUGCCGGUUCAAACAACGACAUUAAUGUGUUGAACCAAUCUCCUUUGUUCAACCCUUUUGAAGACGGCACAACACCGUUGGUUCCUUUCACUGUAAAUGGAACCGAAUAUCGGUACCCGUAUUAUCUAGUGGAUGGGAUCUACCCAAGAUAUGCGAUGUUUGUGAAAACGAUACAGCAUCCAACCGGUGAGAAAAGGAUUUGGUAUGCUAAGGCACAGGAGGCUGCAAGGAAGGACGUGGAGCGAGCUUUUGGUAUUAUUAAAAAAAAGUGGAAAAUACUUAGAGAACCGGCACGACAAAUAGAAGAAACCCCCAUCCGUAAGAUCAUGUAUGCGUGUUGUAUUCUUCAUAACAUGAUUUUAAAAGGACGAGGACCACGCUAUAAGUCCUGA